AUGCUGCAGUGUAGUGGUAACAAAAGAUUUUAUUUUUCACUACCAUGCUCGAGGGAACUGAAAAAUGUGGUAAAAUUAAAAUUAUUCGAAAAAGAAGAUAAAAAUAGAAUAAUAAACAUAUGGAAGGAGAAGUAUAAAAAUGAAAAAUAUGUUAUUGCUGAUUAUAUAAAUAUACAAAAAUAUGAAUUAAUAAAAAAAAAUUGCAAAAAUAAUUCUCAUUUUAUUAUUCCAUCUAAAAAACAAAAUGGUUACAUAAACUUCUAUUCUCAAUUUAUUGAUUAUAAGUUAGUAUUUGUAACACCACUUGAAGAUUAUAAUAAAUACAGGUCUAAUUCAAUGCCGUAUAUUACGUUAAAUUUUUUUGACGAAUUAAAAAAUAAAGAAAUUAUUUUAACAAAAUUAAAUAUUAUAAAUAAUACUAUAACAAAAGAUCAAGCCAAAAAAAUUUUUAAUUACAUUCAAUUCUUUUAUGCUGACUUUAACAAUUUUCAGUAUGUGUACAAAUUUAAUAAUGACAGCAGGAAUUUUAAUUAUAAAGCAUUUUUUAACAAAUUCCAAAAUAUGUUUUAA